UCACAGUCCUGUUCACCUCGCCGAGCAGUGGACGUUUUAGCUAGCGCCGCAGACCCAGAGAAUGCUCAUUGCCAGGUACUAUGACUUUGACCAAAAUGUUGUGAGAGAGUUCCUAGGAAAGAAGCUGUCUUCACGAAAUCGUAAGGACCUGGACGAAGUCAGCGAAAAGACUGGUGUCGACAUCAAAAGCUGCAGACGUCAGUUUGACAACAUCAAGCGUGUCUAUAAGGCAGUUGAAGAACUACCAGGGCCCCUCUCCAAGAACAUACAGAUUCAUUUCCUGCUUCCUGAAGAACUGGCAAGAAAGUAUUCAGCUAUUGUGUACAUAACACACAACCGAUUUGAAACUGGCAAAAAGAAGCUUGGUUACCUGCAUUUGGAAGACUUCAUCUUCUGUGCUGAUCACAUGAUCCACUCAUGGAGCUGCAGAAACCCAAAUUGCAAGUAUGAAGAAUCAGGCAUGGAGAUGGAUCGAGAGUUUCUUCAGCAUCUCCGUGAGAUGAAGCUGCUUCUGGACAAGGACCACAUAGACCGACUCAAGGAUUCUGUUCUCUUCUCAGUGCGCAGUCACAUCUCCAAGCACACCUUGCAGGACGUUGAAUCCAACUUUAAGUCUCUGACACGAACGCUUGUCAACAUUGCGUAUGGACUGAACCACAGUAAAGAUCUGAGAGAUUUCUUCAUCGACAUUGUCGAGAAGAUCAUAGAACCCUGUAGAACUGCCCACUGGACGGUGGACGAAUUGCAAUUAGUCAUGGAUGCAUUUGUGAAGAGUCCUCAGAGUGUCACUUUUGGACAUGACCUUCAUCUCCACGAAGUCUGGGUUCGCUAUGCAGAGACAAUGGCCAAGUGUGUCUACAAGCUCUACUCAGCGUAGACACUCCUGAUUAUGUGUGUUACAUCAGCACAACAUUCACUAUGAGGCAUUGAAUAACUUUGAAACUA